AUGCCGAAUACUGAUCGCGUCAUCUUUACGGAAGAGCCACCCCCGGCUCUCACGCCCCAGAGAAGAUUGGCCAAGUACGUACCUGGAGGGCUUGCUACCGAGGUCCAGGGAUGGCUCUCCCACAUCAAGGGAUCAGAGGUUGAGGACGAGGGGUCAUGCCGUUUCGAAUUGAAGAGAACCUCGCAGCACUCUUCAGAUGGUGAUCCUAGCUGGACGGGACGAGUGGAUAGGCCUAGAUCGGCGGCCGCAAUUGCGCCGCAAGUUAAACCCGGCUCUCUCUUCAUGGACAUGAUGAAUGGAUAUCUGCUACGCUAUACUAUGCUCAAAAAGCAACAUGCCCACUUCCAGAGCCACAUUAUGGCAGGUUUAGGCAAGACGUAG